AUGUCUUCCGAUAACUCUACCUACAAGUGCGUUAUUUCCCUUCCCCGUUGUGUUGGUAUCUUAUCCUUCCUUGCAGCAAGACCACUGGUCAAUACCACUCGACCAAGGGCAACAUCGUUGAGGCGAUUGGCAAUGCCACAGGUCUCGAAUCAUGGCAAAAGUCUGGAAAGGCAUGAGGAGCACGCUGCCGGUGAAGCCGAAUAUAAAGCCGCGCAGGCCCACGAAUACGUAGAGGGCGCCACGGACCGUAUGCACGGCAAGGGCGAGGCUGUCUGGGGAGCCAUGACUGGCGACAAGACACAGCAGGCCAAAGGCAACCUCCGGCAUGAUAAGGGUGAAGCCCAACAAGAAAUAAACAAACCCUGA